UUGAGGAAAAAUCGUCAAAAUUAUUAAAUAUAAGCGAACUAUUUGUCCAUAGCUCAUGGUUGAUCCAAAAUCCAAUACAAAGAGUUAUCAAAAUAGGAAUAAUGGCCAAGCGACCCAAUCAAAUUAUAACCGUGCUAUUAACUGUAAUAAUUUUUUUAGAACUUUGUUUUCCAAGGGUACUUGGAACCUUGGACGAUGAUAUAAAGGGUGACUUAGAUAAUUGGGCCGAAACAUUUAGUAGAUUUGGAAAUGCUAUCAGUUCUCACUUAAAUUCCAUCUACGACCGUGAACAAGGAUUUGCACCGUACCUUGAAGUCAACAGUAGUGGACCGUCAUUACUUGAUGUGAAGGGUGGCUCCUUUGCGAUUCCUUCAAUUGGAAUUGUUCUGAAUUUAAGAUGGUAUUUUAUCGCUGGUUGGCAAACGAUGCUAGGAUUUUUCGAAACGUGGUCAAAUCAAAUCACAGGAUUGACUGAUGUGAACCAAGAUUUUAAGAUUAAAUUCAUAAAUCUACACGGCAAUUUUUCGGCUGUAUUAGAAAUUGAUAUUCCAACCAUUUCAAUUGCCGGAAAAUAUAAUACAAAUUUGACACAGACGUCAAGAGGAACAUUACCCAACUUAAAUUUCACGGGCGAGGGGGAUUAUACAUAUAUAGUCAAGUCCAUGAAAAUGCGGUUGAGUGUGAAUGGUCGAGCUCCGAUGAUAGGCAGAAUUUCGAUAGACGGAGUUAAUUUCACUUAUGAUCACAAGAGUUUGGAAGCCUCAUUCUCAAAUAUGACAAUGACUAGUAGCAGGUUCAUAAAGGGAUGGACAUGGUAUUGGUUGGAUUGGAAAAAGGCAAUUCACAACCACAAUGAUAUUCCUAAAUCUUUCGGGUGGAACUUGCUCAACUUUUACAUUAAUCUUAAAGUGGAACAAGCAAUUAAUGAAGCCAUGCGUUGCGUUCUGGAUAACAUUUUUAACGAAUGCAGCCUUUUUGAGCUUGUCUUUUCAGGUUUGUUGUACAACGUAAUUAUUAACAGCAACAUAAGGUUUGAAAUCCAGUUCAGUAAGCGAGUGCAGUUAAACCAACUAAGUUAUUUUAAUUGUUUUGAUAUUGAGAAUCUCUUACAUUACUCCUCUGUAGUUUUUGAGGUUAUGGUAACUUUACAUUUUCUCAAACGAGUGCGGGUCCAUUUCCAAAUCCCUUCUCUAAUUCCUUAAUAAUGAUUGGCGUAGCAACUAUGGAAUAAAUCUUUGAGAAUUUUUACUUUA